UGCGUUUUCAACAUUCUCUCAACUCGGUCGUGGCUUGAAGUAAGCGGAAUAAUGUCGGAAGCUCUACGAACCACUUGGGUAAAACUGCAGGCCUUCGUCGCACUGGUCGGUUUCGCGGCCAUAACGCCACUACUCAUUUUGGUAGCACUUCUCAGUCGACUGAUCGCCAAUCUCUGCUGCUGCUCGGCGCCGAAAUGUAUCGAGGGAGAAGUGGCCGUGGUCACUGGAGCUGGUCAUGGACUGGGUCGUGCCAUAUCCUUGGAACUGGCAAGGAAAGGCUGUCACAUCGCCGUGGUGGACAUCAAUGUCUCCGGAGCGGAAAGCACUGUUAAGCAAAUCCAAGAUAUCUACGGGGUUCGCGCAAAGGCCUACAAGGCUAAUGUCACCAGUUACGGCGAACUGGUUGAGCUGAACACCAAAGUGGUUGAGGAUCUGGGUCCAGUGACUGUCCUAGUCAAUAAUGCAGGUCUCAUGCUGCAUCGCAACAUGAUAAAUCCGGAUCCAGUCGAUGUGCAACUUAUGAUCGAUGUUAACCUUACGUCGCACUUCUGGACCAAGUUGGUUUUCCUGCCCAAAAUGAAGGUACUGCGCAGAGGCUUCAUAGUUACAAUCAGUUCAUUGGCAGGUGUCUUCCCAUUGCCCUACAGUACGAGUUACACUGCCACCAAGGCGGGCACCCUGGCCCACAUGAGGGCCCUGCGCAUGGAGAUGGCUCUGGAGAACCAGAAGGACAUCCAUGUGACCACCGUGCUGCCCACCUUCCUGCGCACCAACAGUGAGAUAACGCAGCUGACGGACUCUAUGGGAAUCGACGCACUAUAUCCUCUGGUCACCGGUGAGGAGGCGGCCCAUCGAAUCGUGGCCGGCAUGUUGAGGGGUGAGGCGGAGAUCACCUUGCCGGGAUUGGCAUCCCUGCUCUAUCGACUGAUUCAUAUUUUCCCGGCUGACUGGCAAGAUCGAAUGAUUCUGAUGUGCAGCAGCAGACGAUUUAAGCAGCUGCGAGAUGAGCGCUCCUGAUGAGGAUUCGUCGGCGGGGUGGAGGUGGAUAAAUAUAUAGUCCGGUUACGGAAAAAUAAGGAA